GGGUAUUUAAGGAGGUGAGAAGAAAGGCUGAUCUUCUUUUAGGUGAGGACAGGUAUGACAGCAGUUGAAUUGGACUAGAGAGAGAAGGAUUUUUCAGAGCUGAGAACAUGUGUUUUGGAGCGCGGGCCAGGUGUAUUGGUUAUAAGUUGCUCAUCCUUGCCUUGAUCAGCAUCAUCGCAAAUAUUUUACUUUAUUUUCCUAAUGGUGAAACAAGAUACGCUUCAGAGCAUCGUCUCGGCAGAUACGUGGAGUGCCUUCACGGCAUUCUGGGUGGAGGCAUUUUGAUACUCAUUCCAGCUGCGGUAUUCAUUGGACUUCACCACGAUGACUGCAGUGGGUGCUUUGGCCACGCAGACUGCGGGAAAAGCUGCGCGAUGCUGUCCUCGGCUCUGGCAGCCUUUAUCGGGCUUCUUGGUUCUGGAUACUGUAUAACCAUUUCAGCGCUGGGCUUGUCUCAUGGACCAUAUUGUUCUACUCACCCAGAAAGAAACUGGAUCUAUCCUUUCACUCAAUCCUCUGGAGGGUACUUGUUUGAGUACAGCAAGUGGUCUGAAUGUCAAGAACCUCAUAACAUCGUGCAUUGGAACGUCACCCUCUUUUCCAUCCUCCUUGUUGUGGGAGUAAUAGAGUUCAUUCUGUGCUUCAUACAGAUAAUCAAUGGCAUUCUUGGAGGAUUGUGUGGGUUGUGCUGCAGUCAUGAGGAGGCGUACGCUUGCUAGAAACCUGACAAUGUGUUGACGUCGGUGCAUGUGUGGUGUUUUAAGUAUUCUGUGGGUUUUUAUAUCCCAUGCAUACUAAAAUGUGCAUUGUUUGUUGUCAGACUGUGCUGUUGCUAUAGAUUUAACUGACUCUGGGCCAGGCUUUGUUGUUGCAAUCAUGUGCAGGUUGUCCAUUUAUGUCCCUGUAUCUAAAGGCAAAAUAUAUCCUGAAUAUCUUUGAUUAUUUCAUAGAAUUUUUUUGGUUGGAAAAGACCUUUGAGAUCACAGAGUCCAACCGUCUCUGUCCACUACGCAACCAGAUCCCUGAGCACCUCAUCCACCCGUCUGUUAAACAGUUCUGGGGAUGGGGACUCCACCACCUGCCUGGGCAGGCUCUGCCGGGGCCUGAUGACCCUUUUGGUGAAGAAAUUUUUCAUGAUGUCCAAUGUGAGCCUCCCCUGGCACAACUUAAGGCCGUUUUCUCUCAUCCUAUCACCUAUGCCUUGGGAAAAGACACCAGCAUCCACUUCUCUACAACCUCCUUUCAGAGAGUUGUAGGCAGUGACAAAGUCUCCCCUCUCUUCUGGACUAAACAACCCCAGAUCCCUCAACCGCUCCUCAUAAGACUUGUUCUCCAGCCCUUCACCAACUUUUUGCCCUUCUCUGGACGCCCUCCAGCACCUCAGUGUCCCUGUAGUGAGGGACCCAAAACUGAACCCAGGAUUUGAGAUGCACCUUCACCAAUGCUGAGUACAGAGGAAGGAGGACUUCCCUGCUCCUGCUGGCCACACUGUUUCUGAUGCUGGCCAGGAUGCUGUUGACUUUCUUGGCCACCUGGGCCACUGCUGGCUCAUGUUCAGCUGCUGUCAACCAACAUCCCCAGGGCCUUUUCCACCAGGCAGCUUUCCAGCCACUCUACACCAAGCCGGUAGCACUGCAUGGGGUGUUUGUGACCCAAGUGGAGAAACCCAUCCCUUGGCCCUGUUGAAGCUCAUACCAUUGUCUGCAGCCCAUUGGUCCACCCUGCCCCUAUAGAGCUUCCCUUCCCUCAAGCAAAUCAACACUUCUGCCCAGUUCAGUGUCAUCUGCAAACUCUCUGAGGGUCCACUCAGUCCCUUCAUCCCGACCACUGAUAAUGAUGUUAAAUGGAACUGGCCCCAAGAACAGAACUCUUCCCUCUUAGUACAGACAACUGGCUGAACACACCACUAAAGAUGUGGGUUUGUUUUGUGUAUUUUUUUCUCCUUACUACUGAAAAAACCCAACUCUGUACUUUAUGAAGCUUUCCCAAUAAAGUUGCACUUUCAUUCUGAGGUUGGAAUGAACAGAAACCCAGUCUAGUCUGGCCCCGAUUAAAUGAAUACUCAGCUGGAGCAAAAAAAAAAACAGCAGUAAAAUAUAGAUGAUUGAGGGCAGAUAAGCGCAAUUCAACUU